UUGCGUGAGUGAUAGUCGAAAAACUGAAACCUGUGGCAAAGCCCCCCCACUAAAAAAUGAUAAGGCAACCGAAAAGCUGAACCUUACACCACAGAAAUCCCUAAAUCCCACCCAUAACCCAGCUCGAAACUGGCCAAGAUAAACAAGUUGGAGCUGCAACAAAUGUAAAGAAAAACAGACAUAUAAUACAAAACAAAAAACACGACGACAACGAAAAUCGAAGACAAAAACUCACAUGCAACAGCCUUAAUGAAGUCGAGAAAAACUGGUUUGCUUGGAUAAACAUUUUGGAGUUUGUUUUGGUUUUCGUUUCCAGCGGCCAGAAGGGGAGGGGGGUCUGAGCCAGGGUCCAAAGUUCAACACAAAACAGCGCCAAGAAAUUGCAGUCUGCUGACAGGGAGAGCGGAUAAGUGAGAGAGUGCAUUCCGAAGAGGGCCAAAAAAGCAAAAACAGCAAAUGGAUGCAGCAUAUACACUGAGAACAUUAUAUCAACCCAGUGUUUGAACGAAAGAGACAGCAAAAGCGCCCACCGCCAACGCGAUCGUGCGUCCGUAUACGUGUUUUUGUUGGUGUUGGUGUCGGUUGGCUGGUUCGCUGGUGAGCAGCAGCAGCAGCAGCGGCAGCGGCAGCGGUAUUACUUCUCUCAACGCCGCACGGCUUCGUCAGUCGUGUCUCAGCACUCGACAGCAACAGACGUGUGGCAUCAGCAGCAGUAGCAGUAGUACAAACACUACUUCCGCACCUCGAAGAGCCAACUGCAUAGGAAAUAAACCAAAACUCUAAUAUACACUAAGCGAAAAGCCGCGUGACUAACAAAACCGUAAUCAUGAAUCCAGCCGCUCAACUGCUGCGCAUGCGCAGCGCCACCGCUUUCGGAAGCGCCGCAACGCGCUCCAUCACGACGAACCGGCGCCAGCGGACCACCAGCACCGCCAGCGCCCAGCGGGAGCGGACGCAGUCCGUCAGCGAGACGGACAAGUUCUUGCACUACAGUCCCGAGGAUGGCUACUACAAGACCUCGCCCUUUGACCCCGUCACCGUUCCCAAUCUACCGCUGCACGAGUACGUGUGGCGCGACUUCAAAAAGUGGGAGCGACGCACCGCAGCGGUUUGUGUGAUCACCGAUCGGCAGUAUACCUUUGCCCAAAUGCGAGAUGCCAGCGCCGCCUUUGCCGUCCGUCUGCAGACCAAGUUUAAACUCCACAAGCCCGACGUUUUGGCCAUCUGUCUGCCGAAUCUCCCCGAGUAUCCCAUCGCCACAUUGGGCGCCAUUGAGGCGGGUCUGACGGUGACCACAGUGAAUCCCAUUUACACGCCGGACGAGAUCGCCCGGCAGUUGACCUUUAGCGGAGCCAAGUUCCUGGUGGGCACGGUAUCCGGAUUUGCCACACUCAGCCAGGCCAGCAAGCUGGUGGGCCGGCAGAUACCCAUCGCCGUGGUGCGGACCAGCACCGAUGAGGUCCUGCCCGAGGGUGCCAUCGAUUUCAGCGAGCUGACGAGCACCCAGAAUGUGCGCUACGAGGAUCUGAAAGCGCCCAAAGAUGCCACCGCCGACGACAUGGUCUUCCUGCCCUUCUCCUCCGGCACCACUGGUCUGCCCAAGGGUGUAAUGCUCUCGCACAACAACAUCAGCAGCAAUUGCGAACAGGUGCAGGCCUCCCUGCCACUGGACCUCAUGGGUCCCCAGCAAACGUUGCCGGGCGUGCUGCCCUUCUUCCACAUCUACGGCCUCACCGUGGUGAUGCUCUCCAAGCUGGGACAGGGCUGCCGACUGGCCACCAUGCCGUGCUUUAAGCCGGACGACUUCAUGAGGUCGCUGGACAAGUACCAGGGCAGCAUCCUCAACUUGGUCCCCCCCAUUGCCCUCUUCAUGAUUAACCAUCCCAAGCUGACGCAGGAAACGGCGCCCCACUUGAGAGUGGUGAUGAGUGGAGCCGCUCCCAUUGGUCAGCACGAUGUGGAGCGCUUCCUGAACAAAUUCCCGAAAACUGUCUUCAAGCAGGGCUACGGCAUGACGGAGGCUUCGCCCGUGGUGUUGCUGACUCCGGAUGGCAAUAAGGUGUACGCCUCGACCGGAGUGCUGCCGGCCAGCACGGAGGCAAAGCUCGUUCCACUGGAUGGUAACGAUUUCAAGGGUGUGGGUCCGCGCGCCACCGGCGAACUGUGCGUCCGUGGUCCCCAGGUGAUGUCUGGUUAUCUGAACAACGAUGAGGCCAAUCAGGUCACCUUCUAUCCGGGCAACUGGCUGCGCAGCGGCGAUGUGGCCUACUACGAUGAGGAUGGUCUCUUCUACAUUACGGACCGCAUGAAGGAGCUGAUCAAGGUGAAGGGCUUCCAAGUGCCACCCGCCGAAUUGGAGGCAGUGCUGCGCGAUCACCCCAAGAUCCUGGAGGCGGCCGUCUUCGGUAUUCCCCACGAAUUCAACGGCGAGGCACCGCGUGCCAUUGUCGUUCUGCGUCAGGGAGAGAAGGCCAGUGCCGAGGAGAUCUUUGCGUAUGUCGCCGCACGGGUGGCCCACUACAAGAAGCUCGAGGGCGGAGUGAUCUUUGUGGACGAAGUGCCCAAGAAUCCCACCGGCAAGAUCCUGCGCCGCGAGCUCAAGGAGAAGUUCUCCGACUAAAGUACGCAGAGCAUGGAUCUUCGUAGGCUAAGAAAUAUUUUUGUGAUUUUUUUUUUUUUGUUCGUCUCAAUCAGGAAUGGUACACGGAUGAAUGCGGGUCUUAAGGCGAUCUGAUAUUCAACCUAUUGCUAAUAUUUAAGAUCCCUUUUUGUUUGUGGAACAUAUUUCCGCGGAACAUGUAUGUAUAUGAGAAACAUCAAUGUUGACCUUGGAUCCCCUGAUCCCUGGAAACUGGUUUAGACAUUGCAUUUACAACUUCGAAAAUACUUAGUUCAUAGGCUUAGAAAUAGGUCUCGAUUAGUCGCUCGAUUGGUCCAUAGUUAGUAAGUCUAGAUUAGCCAUACGUAAGACAAGACCCUAAACAUAAACAAAUGCGUAUUGAUAAAGUGUAAUCUGUAUGCUUGUACCCUAACCUUUGAUUAUACUUAAUGACGCAUCCGAUAUUUUGCUAUGAUAUUCCCCUACCUGCAUAUAUACAUUUUUUUUUGCCUUGUACCAUAAGAUUAUUGUUUGUUAAUCGUAUUAAAAGACGGCGGCAUGCCCAAUCCAAUACUAUAAAUGCCAUGUAUGCCACGAUGUUUAAAAAUAAAGACGAAAUGAACUCGAUUAAA